UCGCGUCCAGCCCGCCGCGUAGCGGACAUGGCGGGCUCUCGGCUCCCGCGGCAGCUCUUUCUCCAGGGCGUGGCCGCCGUCUUCAUGUUCGCCUUCGCUUCCCUUUACACGCAGAUCCCGGGCCUGUACGGCCCGGAGGGCAUACUGCCUGCCCGGAGGACACUGCGGCCCCAGGGAAAGGGCCGCUGGCAGCAGCUGUGGGAGGCCCCCACGCUGCUGUGGGAGGCGCCGCUUCUGGGGCUGGACACUGCCCAGGGCCUGGAGCUGCUGAGCCUGCUGGGCACCGUGCUGGCCCUGGGUGCCCUGCUGACGCGUCCACUGCGCCACCCCCUGGUGUACCUGCUGCUCUGGGCCGCCUACCUGUCUGUCUGCCAGGUGGGCCAGGUGUUUCUUUAUUUCCAGUGGGAUUCCCUGCUGCUGGAGACAGGUUUCCUGGCCGUGCUGGUGGCCCCUCUGGGGCUGCCCCCCAACCACAAGCAGGCCCCCCAGGGCAGGCCAGGAGGGGUCUCCCCCCAUGAAGGCCUCCCCUUCUGGCUCGUGCGCUGGUUGCUGUUCCGCCUCAUGUUUGCCUCGGGUGUGGUCAAGCUGACUAGCCGUUGCCCCGCAUGGUGGGGGCUCACUGCCCUCACCUACCACUACGAGACUCAGUGCCUGCCCACGCCGGCCGCCUGGUUUGCCCACCACCUGCCCGUCUGGCUGCACAAGCUCAGCGUGGUGGCCACCUUCCUCAUCGAGAUCGCGGUGCCCCCUCUCUUCUUCGCUCCGGUUCGCCGCCUGCGGUUGGCUGCCUUCUACUCCCAGGUUUUGCUGCAAGUCCUGAUUGUCACCACUGGCAACUAUAACUUCUUCAACCUGCUUACCCUGGUGCUCACCACUGCCCUCCUGGAUGACACACACCUGGCUGCCAAGUCUAGCACCAGCCGCCGCAAGAGGACGCCCAGCUCCUGGCCCAAGGCCCUGCUGGCCAUGCUGGCCCUGCUGCUGGAGUUGGCCGUCUACGGGCUGCUGGCCUACGGCGUGGUGCACUUCUUCGGCCUGGAGGUGGACUGGGAGCAGCACAUCGUUCGGUCCAGAACCACCUUCACCUUCCACCAGUUCUCCCAGUGGCUGAAGAUGGUGACCCUCCCCACCAUGUGGCUGGGCGCGGCCUCUCUGGCCUGGGAACUGCUGACCGCCCUCUGGAGGUGGGUGCAGGUGCGAGGGUCGCUGCAGAAGCUCUGUGCUGCUGUGCCGCUGUCCGUCCUUGGCACUGCCACGGUGGCUUUGUUCCUGAUCAGCCUGGUGCCCUAUUCCUACAUGGAGCCCUCGAGCCAUGGGCGCCUCUGGACCGGGGCCCACCGCCUGUUUGGCACCGUGGAGCACCUGCAGCUGGCCAACUCCUACGGCCUUUUCCGCCGAAUGACGGGCCUGGGUGGGCGGCCGGAGGUGGUGCUGGAGGGCAGCUAUGAUGGGCACCAGUGGACGGAGAUCGAGUUCAUGUACAAACCUGGGAACCUGAGCCGGCCGCCCCCCAUCGUGGUGCCCCACCAGCCGCGCCUCGACUGGCAGAUGUGGUUCGCAGCCCUGGGCCCGCACACGCACAGCCCCUGGUUCGCCAGCCUGGUGCUCCGCCUGCUGCAGGGCAAGGCGCCUGUGAUCCGCCUCAUCCAGAACCACACGCCCAGUUACCCCUUCCACAAGCAGCCACCCACGUACGUGCGGGCCCAGCGCUACAAGUACUGGUUCUCACAUCCUUGGGAGCAGGGCCAGUGGUGGCGACGCCAGUGGGUGGAAGAAUUCUUCCCAUCCGUGUCCCUCGGGGACCCAGCAUUGGACAUGCUGCUCGGGCAGUUUGGCCUUCAGGACAAAAGCCCACCCCGGGCCCGUGGCUCCAGCAACACCCUGAGCCAGGCCCUCCACUGGAUACGGAAACAGCUGUCUCCCCUGGAGGCCCCCGCCCUGCUCUGGGGGCUCCUAGGGGCUGUGGGGGCCAUCAAGGUCAUGCAGGCCCUGCUGGGCCCGCAGGCCCUGCCUCGGAGCAAGGAGGAGAAGCACAAGCCAGCCUCCCAGGAGGACUCGGCAGCCGCCAGCAAGCAAGCCUCCCCAGCCCCCAACAUCAGCAGCAGCUCCCAGACCCCCCGGCGGAAGACGUCGCCGUGACCUGUCAGCCACGCGUCCUGAGAGGGUCAGGGGCGCGCUUGCCUCUGGCUCUCCGCCGCAGGAGCGCCCAGCCACCGUGCCUUAGCCGGCUGCCACGCAGACGCAGCUCAGGGUGCUGGCCUGUUGGGGGCGCCAGCC